AUGCGCGUCCUCGCCUUAUCCAUGGCUGCGCGCACCGCCAUCGUCGCCGCGGCUGCCGGCUCCUUGACCGCCAAGUCCGCUGAUCCUCCCGCUGCCUCAAACUCAUCCGCUUCGUCCGUGCAACACUCAACUUCGCGACCGCCAUCCCAGUCGCUCCAGCAGCAGCAACCACAGCAGGAGUUUGGAGGCAGGUGGAGAGAAGAUAGGAGGGGGAAUGGGCGGAGAACGGCGGGAAGCGGUGAUGGUGGAAGGGGUAAUGCACUUGGUUUUAACGGGCUUGAGACGGCUGCAGCCGGAGCAGGGCGGGAGCAACAGCAGGGCGUGAGGGUGUCGUUUGAAGCGCCUCAAGCAGCAGGCAUGGGGGCGAGAGCUUCGGUCGAGGCGCCCCAAACCACAGCGGUGGGGGCGAGAGGGCCGCUGCAGCAGAAGCUGGGGUGGGAGGCGGACGGCAGGGGGCGCGGGGGGAGAGGCGGGGGGCGGGGGAUGGGUAUGGGCGGGCGGACGGGCAGGGAGUUGCCGCUGGGGGUGGCGAGCGCUGUGAGGGGAGGGGGAGGGGAGCGGUCAGGGGGAUGGGGAGGUGGGGGAGGCGGGGGAGGGGAGGGGGAGGGUGGGUGGGGAGAAGCUAUGAGGGGAAGCGGAGUGGAUGGUUUGGGGGGAUGGGGUGCAGGGCAGGCGCGAGGGGGAGUGGGGGAAAGGAGAGGGGGGAGGGGAGGGGAGAGGGAAGGAGUAAGAGGGGGAGAGAGGGGAGGUGAGAGAGGGGGAGAGAAGGGAGGAGAGAGGGGGGAACAAUGGGCUGUACAGCGAGGAGGGGGUGGGGGAAAGGGGAGUGGCGGAGAUGGUGGAGGUGGCGGAAUGGGGGAGCGGAGUGGAAGGGAGAGGGAGGAGUGGGACUAUAUGGAUGGGAAUCUGACUGAUGGGCAGGGCGAGUGGAAUGCGGAUAGUGACGAGGGUUGGGAUAGGGAAGGAGGAGGGGAGCUGCGCGGGGAAAUAAGAGAGAGGUUCGGGCAGGGGGGAGGAGGGGAAAGGGGCGGGGGAGUGACAGGGCAGGGGGGAAGGGGAGAGAAUCCAUUUUGGAGAGGGGAUGGGCAGGCGAGUGGUAAGUAUGCCGAGGGGAGGGAUGGGAGGGAUGGGAGGGUGGGAGGAUUGGGAAGGGACGGUGGUGUCUGGGGAAGAGGAGCAGGCGAGCAGUCUGGUGUGAGGAGCGGGGAGAGGGAAGAGAGAGGGAGAGAGGGGCAGUGGAGGGGCGGUGGAGAGGGAUGGAGAGAGGCAGGGGAGGGAGGGAGAGGGGGAAGCGAGCAGUGGACGGAGAGGGCAAGCAGAAAGGAUGGGGGAGGCGGUGCUGUGGCACGUGGGGGUGAGUAUGGUGGGGGUGACUAUCAGGGGAGUGAUGGUAAGAGAGGGGAGGACGAGAGAGGAAGACGAGGGUGGGGGACCGCUGGUGAGGAGGGGAGAGGUGAGAUGAGAGUGGGAGUUAGAGGGGAGAGUGGUGCUGAGAGGGAGUGGGGAGGGCGAGUGGGAGAGGUAGAUGAAGAGAGGGGAGAGGGUGGGGGAGUGGUGGGAGAGGAGGAAGCCUGGGAGGCAAACGCAUUGCGGCAACAGCAGCAGCAGCAGCAGCAGCAGCAGAUGAGAGAGCAGCGGAGAGGAACACAGGAGAAACCGCUGGGGGUGAGGGGUGAUGCUGGUGGGGCCAGCAUGGUUGGCGGCGACAGUGCUGCUUCUUUCCCCACCAGGGCAGUAGAGGGUACGGAGCAGAACGCACGGCGCUUCAACCAGUACAUGUCCGAGGGGCAAACCCUCCUGCAGGAGGGCCGCGGGGGCCUGCAGGGGCGCAUCGAGAUCGGCAUGGCGGAGGCCUUCUUAGAGCGCGCCACCGCGCUGUUUGAGCGCGCGUGCCAGCUGGACCCGGUGAGCGUGGCGGCCGUGGGGCAGCUGGGGAACGCACUGCUGGCGCACGGGGAGGUGAAGCUGCGCACGGUGCAGCUGCUGCGGAGCCAGUCGCCGCUUGCUGGUCUACUGGGGGGAGCGGGUGGGGCGAGGGGCGAGGGCGCGGGGGGGUUGCCGGGGGUGCAGCAGGAGCAGGUGGGUCGGGAGGCAGCGGCAGUGAUGGAUCGGCUGGCGGAUGAGUGCGAGCAGCUGCUGGUGCAGGCCGGGCGGCAGUACCGGCAAGCGCUCAGCAUGGAUAGGAGAGAUGCCCGCGCGCUCUUCAACUGGGGGCUCGCUUUGUGUUACCGCGGGCAACUCGUGGCUGAGGAGGCUGGGGACAAUGAGGAGUACAAGGCGCUGGCAGACCGCAUGUUCUGUGCCGCCAUUGACAAGUUUGAGGCCAUGCUCUCCAUGACCGACCGCUGGCACGCCAGUG